AUGGUCUGUUUAGAGUCGACAUUGGCGUUUUUACACAGCCGUCGUAUCUGUCGGCUGUUGUCGUCGUCUUUCAUACAGCCGGCAGUAUCUUCAAAACGUGCAUCAAUAUUUAUUUCGUUAUUAUCCAUCCUUUCAUUAUUCUCAUCAGUGGCCGCUGUUCAAAACCAAAGAAUUCUUCCGUCAUCUAUCAUUACAGUUACAAAUGUCUCAUCAACAGUAUCAAUUACACCUCGACGACGAAUGCUACCAACAACCACAUCAAUAUCAACAUCAGUCACAUCAGCAUCUAUUAUUACAGUAGCAAAUAAACUUAAUAAUGAUACCGUUGAAAAUGAAAAACUCCUUCAAAAAACUUCUCGUAACAUAGCCUAUUUAGUCGUAAUUAUUAUUAUUUGUUCGGUAUUGAGUAUUAUAACAAUAGUUGGAAAUCUUGUUGUCAUAUUAGCUGUGUGUCUUGUAAGAAAACUACGGACAGCAUCAAAUAUACUUAUUGUGAGUCUUGCUGUUAGUGACAUACUAGUCGGAUUGUUUAUUAUGCCAUUAGCAAUGGUGCUUGAAAUUACCAAUAACAAAUGGCUUUUAGGCUCGGUUAUGUGUGACAUAUGGACAUCAACGGAUGUUCUUCUAUGUACAUCUUCGAUAUUGAAUUUUCUUGUUAUAUCAAUCGACCGAUAUUGUAUUAUCAAUCAUCCAUUUAAAUAUGCUCCUAUGCGUAAAGUUAAAUUACUUUCAUUCAUGAUAGCCGGUGUAUGGAUACUUAGUGCACUUGUUUCAUUACCACCUAUUUUAGGCUGGGGUCGUCCUUCGGAAAAUCUUCCGACAUGUCAAGUAAAUAAUAAAUUGGAAUAUCAAAUAUUUGCAACUAUGCUUUCGUUCUACAUUCCCCUUAUUGUUGUACUUAUAAUAUAUGCAAAUAUCUAUCGAACGGCUCAAACAGCAAUGGAUAAUCGUUCAAGUGUUCAAAUGUCUCAAUUUUUAACACGUAAUAAUUCUUCGAUGAAUGUUGCACAGUCAAAUGCAGCCGAAUCAUCUUUUCAACAUCAAUCAAAUGGUAAUAGUUUUCCAGCGCCACAAUCCUUAUUAAAUGUAUCUAACACAAAUAAUAAUAAUAAUAAUAAUAAUAAUAAUAAUCAAAAUCAAAAUGAUGAAUUUUUAUCAGCAUCAGGUACUGAACAACGACAUGGUAGACAAUAUUCAAAAAAGAAUUCAGCAAAAAAAUCAAGUGGAAGCAAAUCUCCGAGUUUUUUAUCUGCGUCGAGAUGUUUAGGUAGACGAAUAAGUACGCCAUUUAAUGGUCGUUUAUCAGUAUUUGUCACGCGACGUUAUUCUUUUUUUCGUCAUGUUCAUUUACCAAAUCAAAAAGCCAUACGAACACUUGGCGUUAUCUUAGGCACAUUUAUUGUUUGCUGGCUUCCAUUUAUGCUAUUUGCCAUUAUAAAACCAUUACAUGAAUAUGUAACACGUUUAACAGGUUCACCACGACCACUCAAUGUUCCUGAAUGGGUCGAUCCAGUUCUGCUAUGGUUCGGCUAUUCAGCAUCAAUGUUAAAUCCUUUAAUCUAUUCAAAAUUUAAUCGAGAAUUUCGAACACCAUUUCGAGAAAUAAUCUAUUGCCGUUGUCGAGGCUUAAAUGACAAAAUUCGACGACAAGAGUAUCUAGAAAAUUUAUAUGGUGAUAAUCAUUUACAGGUACCAUCUUUGCCCAUUCAUCAAUCACAACAACAAGGAGCACAUUUGAGAGUUAGCGGCAGUCCUGAAGCAGCAGCCGUGUGA